GCAGCAUAUCCUUGUAGUAUUUUCUAUCUGACUCAGACAGCUGAGCUGCACGUAUCUCUCCGUAAAGUAAAAGAAGAAGGGCUGAUGCUGUCUGGUGCUCUUCUAAAGCAGGGGUUUCCCAGCUUUCCAGCUCUACGUCUCAGCUUGACCACUUCCUCUCUAGCAGCCACGCAAAAACCGGUGACAGAGGUGCAUAUCUUGGCAAGCCUCGUCCGUCUCUGCAUACAUAUACCCCUCUCCCCUUUUUUUCUUUUUUUUUUUUUUUUUUUUCAAAUUCAUUUGUCGGCGUUUACUCAAAUAGCACCUGGGCUUCUGCUUUCACUCUGCCUGCAGAGACGACUCCCUGCAGACGCCCGUUCCGUUGACUCGCAUCCCUGUCCAAAGAAGUUCGGUAUAAUGCAUGUUGCAAAUCCUUCCAUUCUUGGGGGGGUCUCUUAUUACAAUGCUCCAUGCUGGUACUCUGUUUCAUUGUCUAUUAUAGUCGUAUCCGUCAGUUUCGCUCAUCCUAUGCUGCAACCUCGAGUUUCCAGCCGAGGCCUGGUGUAUUAUCCGAUAGUCUAAAGUCCCAAAAAGGCAUCUCUUCUCCUUCUUCUUCUUCUCUCUUCUCUCUUCUCUCUUUCCAUAUCGCUUUUUAUCCCAUACGCCCAAAGAAAAUGUCCAAUAAUUAUUCCCAGUUUGCUUGUAUUACCCUCCAAUAAGGUGUAUCGAUUCGUAUAACUCCCACACACCCCUUAUCCAGAUGUUCUCUAAAAUAG